AUGGUGCAAAGAAAGGCUCCGCUGAAAUCAUUGAUCUUGAGCAACGAUAUGCGGCCCAUAAGUAUCAGUAUGACGCUAAUAUGUAGCUAUCAUCCAAUUCCGGUGGUCCUCUCCAGAGGCUCUGGAGCAAAAGUUUGGGACACUGAGGGUGUGGAGUACCUCGACUUUUUGUCUGCCUACUCUUCAGUAAAUCAGGGCCAUUGCCAUCCGAGAUUGGUAGCAGCUGCACAAAAUCAAUUGAGCAAGCUCACUUUGACUUCAAGGGCAUUUUUUAAUGAUAAACUUGGACCAUAUGCAAAAUUCAUCACGGAGUUUUUUGGCUACGAUAUGGUGCUUCCAAUGAAUACUGGCGCUGAAGGCGUAGAGACUGCAAUAAAAUUGACCAGGAAAUGGGGAUAUCUCAAGGUAAUGCUGCUUUUGGUGACAAUUCAGAAAAAUAUUCCCCAAAACAAAGCCAUAAUUCUGGCAUGCGAGGGAAACUUUCACGGGAGAACGAUGACCGCUGUAUCGAUAAGUUCAGACCCUGUUUGUAAGGAUCAUUUUGGCCCAUUUUUGCCAAAUGUUGGGCCGGUAGUUGAACAAAUAGGUUACCGGCCCAUCCGAUACAACAACCUUCAAGAUCUGGAAACUGCUUUAAAGUCACACGGACAUUUGAUUGCUGGGUUUCUGGUCGAACCAAUUCAGGGAGAAGGAGGCAUCGUUGUCCCCGAUGACGGCUAUCUCAAGUCAUGCUAUGAUCUUUGUCGUAAAUACAAUGUGCUUUUCAUUGCGGAUGAAAUACAAACCGGCUUGUGUAGGACAGGGAAAAUGCUUGGUUGUGAUUAUGAGGGCUUCAAACCGGACAUUUUGAUUUUGGGAAAAGCACUAUCAGGAGGCAUGUAUCCCAUUAGUGCGGUAUUGGCCAAUAAAGACAUUAUGCUUUGUAUCCAGCCGGGAGAGCAUGGGUCAACAUACGGAGGCAAUCCACUUGCUUCAGCGAUUGCUAUCGAAGCACUGAAGAUCCUGCAAGACGAAGAUCUUGCCAAAAAAAGCUUUGAGCUGGGAAACCACUUUAGGAGUGUCAUAGAAGGCAGAAAACAUCCUCUUGUUUUGGCUGUAAGAGGAAAAGGUCUGAUGAAUGGCGUUAUCAUCGAUGAAUCAAAGCUGCCUGAAAAUAUAGUUACUUGGCAUUUGUGUCUACUUUUCAAGAAAUCCGGGCUUAUUGCAAAACAAACGCAAAACAAUAUCAUUCGAUUCGCUCCGCCCUUGGUUAUUUCGCACGCAGAAUUGGAUCGUGGAAUUGAGAUCAUUUUGAAAUCGUUGGAUCAAAUUAUGCAUUGUACCCUAUCCGAUUUUAAAGGCGAGUAA